CUUAGAAACGGAUACCGUACAGCAUACUUCAGGAGCCUUUGUAUGCUCUUUGGGUUAUUUAGGUAGCUGUAGUGUAUUAACAAGGCCAAAUAAGUUCCAUGGGCUCUCCACCCCUUUCCUUGGUAAGUUAUUCUGAAAUCAUCCUUCAUGGUAUUCAUACUUAAAAAGGAAUUCCUAAAUUUUAAUUUUCUUUACAUGAUAGUUUUUAAGUAAAAAUGGUUUGUUUCCAUUUAUUUGUGAAACUCUAAGAUGCCUGCUAGAAUAUAGUCUUAUGAUAAUAGUAUAUUAUUGUAUAAUCAUGACAUAGCAGAAAGGAUUAAUCCCAAAGUUUGGUAUCAUUUUUAACUGUAUUACUUAAAAAUGGGUAAAUCUCUUUUUUUUAUUUCAUUACUACAUAAGAGGAAAUAAACUAUAUAUUACUAUUAAAACCAGAAGAAAAACACUAUUGAUUACUUAAGUAGGCAGUAGAAAAUGAAAGAAUUGGGACAGGAUAGUUUCUGUGCAUCUCAACUUACUUUGAGUCACUCCUUUCACUUUCAUUUUCAUUUUUAAUUACAAUAUUUAUUUGUGUGUAUGUGUAUGGCAUGAUGCAUUUGGAAGUCAGGACAUCUUGGAGAGAUUCUCUCUUUUUACCCUGUUGGUCCUGAGGAGUAAAUUCAUGUAAUAAAGAUUGGCAGCAAGUGCCUUGACUGGUUGAACUGUCUUCUCAGCUCUCUUUUCAACUUUUAAGUCAUUAAAUAUAACUGAACGUUUACAGCCAGUACUAGCUAAUAUAGAAGCACUGGUGUGAGAGAGAGAAUCCACCUUCAUUGAACAUUCAUCUAGUAGCCAUAGUCCUGGUGCUGUAAUGUUGCAGAAGGAUAUGAUCUCUGGGAUCAGAUGAGUUGGCCUUCAUGUCACCCCAAAUGUAGAGUCAGAGAUGGCCUGUGAGAAUUGAUAUUAAAUAAGGAGAAAGGCUUUGCUAAACAAAGGAAGAAAAGAUACUAAAAUGAGUCUCACAAAAAGAUGAAAAUCUAGUGUUACAGUCAUUCAAAAGAAACCGCCCCCCCCAAAAAAAAGAAAAAAAAAAGAAAACCCAGCUUGUAAUCUGGAGAGCAGUGUCUUGGGGUGCGGCAUCUCGGUACAGUAUGACUAGUGCUUUGUUCGGGGUGUCACCUCCAUCCCCCACCCUCGUGCCUUACACUCAUUGUGACGGCAGUGUGUGUUCUGUCGUUUGUUAUGGGGAAGACCCUGCUUUCAUGGUCAUAUUCACAUUGUGAUGUAAUUCAUUGCCUUUCACUUAGGUGAUUGAGAGAACUGAGUUUUUCUGGCUGCUAGUUGGCUAGGGGCUUUUCUCAGUUCCUUUUUGAUGAACUCAGACUGAAGUGAUUUGGGACCUAAGUUAUAUUGUCAGAAUCCCUUUACUCUUACCAUGUUAAGUUGGCCAGACCAAUCAGAUCGGGUCAUACCCAAACUCAAGGACAGUAUGUAGUUAUUAUAAACAUCAAAGGUGAAAAACCAUACAAUUUCCUCUAAGAUUCUGCUCAGAGUGUGUGGGAUAGAGAGGUUAGACUCCUGGUGUGUGUGUGUGUGUGUGUGUGUGUGUGUGUUUGCUACACACACAUGCAUGGGAAUGUAUUUGGAGGUCAGUAGAACUUGCAGGGGCGGGUUCUAUCUUUCUACCACAUAGGUCACAGAGAUGGAGCUCAGGUUGUUAGUCCUACACAAAAGUACCUUUAUCACCAAGCCAUGUUGCUGGCCUAUAAUUUCAGUUUGUGUUUACCACUGAACCCAAAUAUUGUCAUAAAGUUCAUGAGGUUAAGGUGUACUUUCUGUACAGAUCACCAAAAAUAGUGAGAAAAAACAUGAUUGAGUGUUGACCGAGGUUUCUGUCCUGUCCAGUCCCACAGUCAUUCAGUCCCAAAGAAACACACAGAGGUCUACAUUAAUCAUAAACUGAUUGCCCUUUAGCUCAGGCUUCUUAUUAACUCUUUUCUUACAUCUUAUAUUAGCUCACUAUUCUUGUCUGUGUUAUCCACAUGGCUUGGUACCUUUCAGUGAGGCGUUCUCAUCUUGCUUGCUCAGUGUCUGGCUUCCUCUGUGUUGACUGCAAACUGACUCUUUCCUCUUCACGGAAUUCUCCUGUUCUCAUUGCUCCACCUCUACUUCCUGCCUGGGUACUGCCCAAUCAGUGUUUCUUAAAAAUAAUACAAGUGACAGGAUAAACGUCCAUUGUUCCACAGCAAUUGAGUGAUCAUUAUAGUUUGAAUUUGAUAAGUCCCCAAAGCAUCCUGUUUGAAGGCUUUGUUGUUAGUUGAUAGGCUUUUGGGAAAUGAUUGAAUCUUAAGCACUCAGACAUAAUUGAUUUGUCCCAUGCUGGGUUUAUGAUAGCAUAUUGGGAGGUGGGGCCUAGUUGAGGAAAUGAAUAUGAGGUGUGUGCCCUGGAAAUCAUAAUUCCGGCUGUGUCAUUUUUCUCUUAAAAGUCUUUAUUAUUUAUUUGUGUGCAUAUAUGCGUGUGUAGAAUCUGGAUGUCAGACGAUAGCUUUCAGGAGUUGGCUCUGAGGAUUGAACUCAGGGUGUCAGGCUUUGUGGAAAGAGCCUUUCCCUCUGAAAGCUUUCUUCUCUUUCUCUCUGCUUCCUUCUGGCUGUGAUGAGCGGUGGUUCUGUGUAUAAUCUGUACACAGAUGAGGAUGAAGAAGCGGAGCCUUCCCCUUCUGGGCAACAGAUCAUUGAAAAUUCAAUAACUAUGAAUAAGAUGAAACUGCUGAAGGCUAAGAUGGAGAACAUGAAUCUCAGCAAAAAGCCUAAGAAAGUUGUCAAGGUAAAACCUCGUCCACCGGUAGCGCCUCGACCUCCUAGCAGUUCCAUGGCAGCAGCCCGGCACAGACUGCUACGAGUCCUGCCUCACAUCGGGCAGUCUUGUCUACCUUCUCCUGGGAAUGCCUAUCUCCCCGAAACAUCCAGGAAUGCAGCUGCAAGUUGUGCAGCAGCUCAGGCUCCAGCUGAUAGACCAGUAUCGUCUCUCAGGAAUGAACUGCUGAAGGAGGACGAUAAUUGGGAGAUUAACACACUGUCUCAUCCCAUGGGUAGCAUCAGGCUGCUACCUCAGAUGACCCACAUAGAACUGGAAAAGGACAAAGAGCUUGCAGAUUCCGUACUUCAUCUUGGAUCACCCCUGCCUAGACGGACAAAGCACCUUCCAGGGAACCUGCCAUCUAAUAAUGAGGAUGAUAUCGUCUUAUUUCCUCCGCCAGAAGAAUGUAUAUCUGAAGAGUUGCUCCUGCCGGAAGUAGGCCCAUUUGCUCCAUUUGCAGAAGGAAACGGUGUUGAGGAGAGCAGUGGUAUAGAAGGCAUAGGGAAGGUAACUCCAGAGUGUCCACUCUCUAAAGGAGACAGAGGGCUGAGAGCGGCAGAGCAGCCUCUCAACCAUGUGGCAAGAGUGUUGAGCAGUGACCCAGUAGACAAUGCAGUUCUUAACCACCGAGAGUCGAGCUCUCACAAGAACAGACUCCUGUCGCCACUCCUCUGUGCUGCACCAGUGUCGCUACAUAAUUCCCUGGUGAAGCCACAGAGACAGUCGAAAUGUUUGGAGUCUGGCAACCCCUCAGCACCUGCUUCUCAAAACGCCCUGCGGGAAUUGGACAUUCGAACCAUAGCCGAUUCUUCUUUCUCUAGGACUGCUCGCUUCCGUGGUGUUAAAGUCGAUUCGCCUGGGAAAAGAUCUGAUGUUAUUUCCAAAGUCGAAGCUCGAGAUAUCACAGAAAUGGCUAACAAAGCUUCCAAAGAGCCUGUUGGUUGUGUAAAUAAUAAUGGAUUUUUGGCUUCACUGGCACGGAGUGCAAGCAGAGACAGUUUGCAGAACACACGUGGGACAGGGAGGCUUCGAUCCUCUGGAAUUGGGUUGUCUACAAACUUCCAGCACUUUCAGGAUGAAAACUUUAGGAAAAGUUCUCCCCAGUCAGAACCUACAGAAUUUUUUCUAUCUGCUCGUGGUAUUGGAAUGAGUGGAAAUAAUGCAGCAGCAGGGAAAAGAGUAGGAGAAAGCACCCACCACCUUCCGCCUGUGAAAGCCCCUCUUCAAACAAAGAAGAAAAUAAUGAAACAUUGUUUUCUUUGUGGAAAGAAAACAGGACUGGCCACCAGCUUCGAAUGCAGAUGUGGAAACAACUUCUGUGCAUCUCAUCGCUACGCAGAAACUCACGGCUGCACCUAUGACUACAAGAGCGCAGGGAGGAGAUACUUACAGGAGGCAAACCCUGUGGUUAACGCACCAAAACUUCCCAAAAUCUAACUCUCCUCUGCGCUUUCCUGCUCUGCCUGAGGAAUCCUAUUAUAUUGACAGAAGAAAUAUUGUUUAGACUGCAUUAUUUUUGUUCGACUCCAAAAGAUUUGCCAAAUAACAAGAGCACACGGUGCUCACUGUUGGAGAAUGAAAAUGCCUAUUGUAUUGAUAUCUUUUUUCUUUGAUGAAUCAAAAGUUUUAAAAGUAGUUUUAAAAACUUUACACUAUAAUGAUUUAGUUUUGUUAUUGCAUGUCUGUGUUAAAUAUUUUAUAUUUGAGAUUGGAAUUAUUUAUUAGACAAAUCUUCAAAAGACGCACUUUAAGGAGUUACCAUUGGCUGUGUACCCAGGCUUCCAUGUUGUACAGAAAUGAGUUCUGUAAUGGCUCUAUUCAAACUGAGCACGUUUUGUCCUUUUUUUCUUUCUUUUCUUGUGGGGAUGGGGUAGAUGGGAGUUUUUCUUUUUAUAAACCCCAAGUGUGAAAGUUUAUGCAGUUUACUAGCAAGUUCUUUUUUAAAGAACAGUUGUUUUUCCAGUGUGAUUUUUAACACAUAUAUUUCUUCCAAAUUCAGAUAGGCAUUCAUAUAUGUAUUCAUUCUGUAGAACACAUCAUGUUAAUAUAGUAUACAUUUCUUAAAAUACUACUUUUUAAAUGGUAGUUUUAAAAUAACAGUAUCUUUCUUAUUGCCAUUGAAAACAGAAUCCAACUUUUUACUUUUCAAAAAUGGCUAUAUAUAUAUAUAUAUAUUUUAAAAAGUCUCACAAACUUGGUUUAUUUUUCUUACAUAUUGAGUGCU